AUGCCAAGGGGCUUCCUGGUGAAGCGAACUAGACGGACAGGAGGCACGUACCGAGUGCGCCUAGCCCAGCGGGUCUUCCCCCUACCGGAGCCCCAGGGGGCGCCGCCCUUCACCCAGGAGGCUUCCAGUGUCCCCCGGCCGGAUGCGGAGCGGGCGGCAACCCCUAGCCCCGAGGAGCCCGGAGAGGGGCUGGAGGAGGAGGCGGUCCGGGAACUGUCGGGGUCGCCUUGUCGGGCAGCUGGGGUGAGCCCGGGGCGGCCCGCCGCCGGCGAACGCCGAGCCAAGGCUCCUCCGGGCUGCGUGUCUGGACCUGCGGCCGCAGGAGUCAAGAAGCCAAAGGCCAUGAGGAAGUUGAGCUUCGCUGAUGAAGUGACCACAUCCCCCGUCCUAGGCCUGAAGAUCAAGGAGGAGGAGCCCGGAGCCCCGUCUCGGGGCCUGGGGGGCAGCCGCACGCCGCUGGGGGAGUUCAUCUGCCAGCUGUGCAAGGAACAGUACGGGGACCCCUUCGCGCUCGCCCAGCAUCGCUGCUCCCGCAUCGUACGCGUGGAGUACCGCUGCCCGGAGUGCGAUAAGGUCUUCAGCUGCCCAGCCAACCUCGCCUCCCAUCGCCGCUGGCACAAGCCGCGUCCCGCCGUGGCCAACGCCGCCACGGUCUCUUCGAUUGACGGGAAGCUUCCCGCUCCGUCCUCCCCGGACUCCAGGGCUGUGGCCGCUUUCCUGGCGGAGGGGAAGGAGAACAGCCGGGCAGAGCGGACUGAAAAUCAGCACCCGCAGGCCAGGGACAGCUCCGGGGCGGAGCCGCGCGCAGACAGCGCCCCAUCCCAGGGCCUCCAGGUGUUGUCCCACCUCGAGGCACCGCUGCCUCGGGUCCCCUAUACCGAGGGGAUAUUGGGGUGUCGGCUGCCUGGGCCGGGCAGUGCAAGCGGUGUAGGGGGCCCCGAGAUCUUCGUGUGCCCCUAUUGCCACAAAAAGUUCCGUCGCCAAGCCUAUCUGCGCAAGCAUCUCGGCACUCACGAGGCGGGCCCGGCCCGCGCGCCGGCCGCAGGCUUCGGCUCCGAACGCGGUGCCUCACUGGCCUUCACUUGCCCGUUGUGCGGGGCGCACUUCCCGUCCGCAGACAUCAGGGACAAGCACCGGCUGUGGCACGCUGUCCGGGAGGAGCUGCUCCUGCCAGCUUUGGCCGGGGCAGCCCCGGAAGCUCCGAGCCCAGUAGGGGCAUCCGACGGGAGUGCUCAGCAAAUUUUCUCGUGCAAGCACUGCCCGUCCACUUUUUUCAGCUCCCCGGGGCUGACUCGGCACAUCAAUAAGUGCCACCCCUCGGAAAGUCGGCAGGUACUGCUGCUGCAGAUGCCACUGCGGCCGGGCUGUUGA